AAUCAGCUUUCGUUACCUCUCAUUGUAUGUGAAUUGUUGUAGGAUAAGCUUCCACUCGUUAAUCACUUCGUUUUUAGAGGAAAAACCGAACGAUCGACGAAUUUAAUUAAUAAAUUGAAUUGGAUUCGUUGUCUAACAUUCUUACUGGUUUAGAAAAAAUGCUUUAUUUUAGAUAGUGGAUCUCCCAUGAAAGCAUAAUGAGAGGAUUGUUAAUCGUCGUCUGUCUCUUCCAGCCUCUUCUCGCUUAUGCACCUUUCUUUUGCAGAAACAUGAGGCAAAUGUAUACUCAAAAAGGGUUUCCAAUGCAUCAUAUAGAAAAUCGACCGAAAACACUGUCGAAUAGUAUUUGCCGUUUGCGAGACACAUGUUGCAGUAAUGAAGUUGAGAAGAAUCUACAAAAGUUGAGUGUAAAUGAUACGGGAAGGAUGUUUAAUAAUUAUAUGUCUACAUACAAGAACGAAUUUGUCUCGAAGCAUGCGCAGAUUGACAGUUUGUUCAAUAAACUACACAAGAAUACGAUGGAUGUGACCCAUAAGUAUCUCGACAUAGUUUAUGGUCUCCUCUAUGUAAAACAUAAAGAUAUCUUUUUUGAUUUUUUGUCGGAUCUAUUAUACUAUUAUAAAAACGAAGGAAAAGAAUCUUUAAAAGACAGAAUUGAAAGAUUCUUUGACACCCUUUACGUCGCUCUCUUCCAUAUAAAAUUUAAUGGUGGCACCUUUAAACCGAAUGGUUUUCCCGAGAAGUUCAAUAAUUGCGUUAAAAGAACUAGAAAAACAAUAAAACCUUUUAAGAAAGAGCAAGAAGAAGCUGUUAUUAGAUUGUUGGAAAAAUUCAUGUAUCCUUCCAAAACUUUUGUUCAGGCCCUGAGAGUUGGCCGAGAUUUUAUUCUGGACGUAAUAAAGGAACCAUUUGGAAAAGACUGCAGCAAUUCAUUAACUCGACUAGAAUACUGCAAAUAUUGUCGGGAUGAAUCGAAUGCGAAACCCUGUUAUACUUAUUGUUCAGCUGUAAUGAACGGAUGUUUCACAUUACAUCAUAAAUUACAAUUACAUUGGAAUGAAUACGCAAAGCAACUAAAGAAAUUAAAGAAGCGUUUCAUCGGAGACAAGUCUGCUCAAAAGUCGAUGGACACCCUCCAUAUGAAGUUCUCUGACAUGAUAAUGAACUUUCAAGAGUCUGGCAAUAUAAAAGAAACGGUCGUCAUGGAAUGCGGACAGCUUCCCCCGCUACAAGAGAGAGCAAAACGGGCUGUAAGAAAACACUCAAUUGAAGAGAGCGAAGACGAUGAAAUCUACUUUACAGCCGAAAAGAAGUCUUUUUCAAAGCGUAGUAAGAAAACAUCUAUUGUGGAUAAUAUCAAUGAAAUUAUGGAUGAAAUCGAUAAAUUUCUACCAAGAACCAAUGAAAUGUUUGGUAAACCGUUGACAGAGACUAUGUGCACCAGCUUGACAAAAUUUGAUCAAGUUGAGAAUUGUUGGAAUGGACAUACAGUUGAUCGUUACAAAGCCACUGCUGGUGAUCUUAGGUCUGAGUCCAAUCCGGAAGUGAAUAUUUAUGAAACAAAGUUGGAAGUAGACGAAGAUCGAUUAACAAAAAGAUUAAAAGAGAUUACGAUUGCUAUGGAAAAAGCGUAUAAUGGGGAAGAAUACUUGUUUAAGAGUGUACGUCAUCAGAAUAAAUUUCAUUUUUCUCAUGUUAACAACCAGCACGAAUUAGUUGGAAGCGGAAGUGGAAGCGGAUAUAAUCAAGAUUGGGAAAGGGAUGACGAUGGGACGGAAGACGAUUACGAGGACAAUUACAGCGGAGAUGCUACAAUAUAUAAAAAUAAGCAUCACUUUAAUAAACACAAGGUGUUGAACAGCUAUAAUGAUUACCGAAAGAACUCUUACAAUAAUUUUGGUCACAAAUCUUUUCAAAAUGACGAAGGAAACAACGCUUGCAGCCUCUCCGCAUCAUUUUCCAUCAUUUUUAUCACCUUUUUAACUGCAUAUCCAUUUGUUGUGUCUUGAUUUAUUUAUUCACAUCACUUCAACUAUAAUUUUGUCUAGAAGCAGACUUUAUUUUGUUUAUUUUUGUUAAAAUAAUCUGUAGCAGGGUAAAUUGGAAAAAAAAAAUUUUACGUGUCUAGAAGUUUAUACAGUUUGCAAAGGUUUGCGGGGAAGAGAAAGGGAAAAGAAGUUUUAUCUCUCAUUCCUAAACGAAUUCCCGGAUUCUCAAGAAGAAAGGAAAAAACUCUUCCCACGGAUUUAUACUGCCGUUGUGUUUAAAAAAAAAGUAAAUUAUUGUUAGACUUUAUAUAAAAACAAAAGAAAUUACCAAAGUUCUACACACACAUAUAUAUACAUAUAUAUAUAUAUAUAUAAACAUAUAUUUGACUAUAAAUAAGUAUAUUUAUUGUAUACAUUCGUACAUUACUGAACCAUGUGUUUUUACAUAUUGUGUAUCAUGUAAACAUAUCUGUAUCUAUAUUCUGUUUUAUUUUAAAAUUGCUUUUUCUUUUUGCAAAGUUCUUAUUUAUAUACAGUAUAUAUAUAUAUAUAUAUAAUUUAUAUAUAUAUAAUAUUGUACAUAUGAUUGCUUUGGUAUAAUUUUAUAAACGUCAUUGGUCCAAAGUAUAAUCAUCAAUCAUCCGUAAUUGAAUACACGGUGCGAAAAUUUAA